CACAAACAUAAUAAAGUUAUAUUGCAAGGAUCAAGUGGUAAAUUACCUUGAAGCUUUUUGGUUUUUGGACAAGAUACUUUCCCAAAAAAGAAUUCAAAAAUAAAGUCCCCCACAGUCGCAAAAAUCAACUACUUCAUAAAUUCAAAUAACAAAAAGAAAAAAACAAUAAGCUGCUGCUUUCAAAAUCCUCAAUUCAUCGAUCUCCAUUUUCAAAGAUCGAUGGAAGGCAGAAUGUACGAACACCAACAGCAGCAUCUGUUCGAUUUACAGGAGAAGAGUGGUUUCGGGUCGGACCCUAAGUCAUGGCUUUCCGGCGGCGGCGACGACGACCUGAGACGCACCCUCUCCUCACUCUCCGCCGCCGCCGCCACCGCCUCCGCCUCCGGUAACGUCGACCGCGUCCUCUUCAAUGACCUAGUUGAGAUGGUCCCCCUCGUUCAGUCCCUCAUUGAUCGAAAAGCGAAUUCUUCGUUUACGAGACGGGGUUCUAUGAUCUACACCAAGACGCCUUCUAGAGAAUCCCUUUACAAGAAGACAGCUGGCAAAAGUGCGAGUCUUGCAGGGAAAAAGCAAGGAGGCAAAGACGAGAGCUUCUCGAUUUUCUCGUCAGGGGCAUUGCUCUCUGAAAAGGACAGAGAAGAAUUGUUAGCAUUGCGUGACCAAGUAGAGGAUUUAACAAAGCAACUGUCCGAAAAAGACGAGCUUUUGAAAUCAGCACAACUUUCAAACGAUGAGAUGGUUUCCAUUCAGACAAAGUUCGAACAGCUUCAAAACGAGGUUGCAGAAAAGGACUCACUCAUUAAGUCCACUCAGCUACAGCUUUCCGACACAAAGGUUAAACUUGCAGACAAACAAGCGGCUGUGGAGAAAUUACAAUGGGAGGCGAUGACAUCCAACAAGAAAGUGGAGAGGCUGCAAGAAAAUCUGGAUAAGGUCCAAGGGGAGAUUUCAUCUUUCAUGUUAGCAAUUCAAGGCUUGACUAAUAACGAUUACGCCAUUUGUAACGGAGAUUAUUACGAUGAAGUUCCUUAUCUUCUUGAUCAGAGCCAUCAAUCAGAUAAUGAGAUGGAUGUGGAGAAAUUGGAAGCAGCGAGAGAAGCGUAUGUUUCUGCAGUGGCGGCUGCAAAAGCUAAUCAAGAUGAAUGCUCUCUUUCUGCCGCUGCCGCUGCAAGGUUUCAACUCCAAUCAUUUCUUAUCAAAUAAACCCGAUUUUUAGUUUGAGUAGUUGGUUUCUCGGUGUUCAUAUUUAUUUAAAUUUAGUAGCUAUUGUUAAUCGAAAUUCUCUACUAUGUUGAAGAUGGAAUCAUAAUUUAGCAACUUUUCAGGCUGAUUUGAAAAUUUUUGCCUUGCUCAAAACCUUUUUUUGCCCUUGUUAUGUUUUCUUGGUUCAACUAUACAAAAUGGGGCUUUAAUAAAUUGCAAAUAUAUUUUUUCUUUCUUUAA